AUGCCUUGCAGGGACGAGACACACGAACACGACUGGCCCAAGGAAGGCACUCUUGUCAUCUCCAAAUGCGAGAUCUUCUGCGGCUAUUGUGCUGGACCUGAUGCGAAGAAGCCAUAUCUGCACCCUUGGGAGCUGCGUGGCCACGUCAGGGAUGUGCACGCCCGCGACCAGGGUCUGCCUAUCAUAGUGAGCCCUCGACCUCCUAAGCCCCAUGUGAAUCCCACAACUGUUAAGCGCAAGCACACGGAGGUCGAGGAGAGCGACAGUGAAGAGGGUGAAGGCUCUGACAACAACGAAGACGAGUCUGCUGAUGAAGAAGAAGAAGAAGAAGACUCUGAUGACAACGAGAACAAGUCUUCUGAUGAGGAUGAUCCUAUGAAGGGCCAUGCGGCUUCCUUCAAACCAGUGGGACCCAAAUCAGGUCCUCCUUCAGCCAAGCGUGCUAAACAGGCCACAUCCAUGGGGCCUCCACCUGCAGCUCCCAUGAACAACCCUGCUGUACCCUUUCCUCAGAUGCCUAUGCUGGCUCAACAACAGUAUCAAGCACAGUACCAGCAGCAGGUGCAAGGACUCGCAAGGGCUGCCAGUGCACAUAUGAAUCCCAAUGGCCAGGGAAUCGCAGGCUAUGCUCAGCAGAUGCCGAACAACGGCCAGCGUCCCACCAGCAACAUGGGUCUCGCUUCCGGCAGCAUGGGUCCCCAGAUGAACCCUCAAGCUGGACACAUGCAAGGCCAAAGCUAUGGUCGCAUCUACCCUGUUGCUGGCCAACCCAUGUUCGCCACUCAGCCACAAGUCCAAUACAGACCCGUCCAGACAUCCAGCGGAGCCUUUUACGCUUCUCACCCCGACUCCAUCGCCCAGGCCCCUGGUCCACCCAACCACCAGCGCCUACGCAACUUGACCACUCACAUGCUCACGCACAGCAACAUGAGCGAGCUCAGUGUCAUCAACCACUACCAGCAGGAAAUCGAGUACAUCCGUCAACUGCAGAACACUCGCGUGAUGACCACAUUCCAAGAAUCGAUGCGUGCCGUCAUGUUGCACGAGACCACUCAACAGAUGCGUUACAUGUUUGCCAAUCCACCCAAGGAGUUUGAUGGUCUUGUCGCUCAGUCUUUGAUGGGCAUUCUGAGAAACAAGGGUGUGGGCGAUCUCAUCCAGAACCCAGAUUAUGCUCAGCAACAGCCCGGUCAACGCACCUUCUCUGGUGGCCAGCAGCCUACCACUCAACACCCUGCAUUUCAGCAACCUGUUGUCCAACAGACCAACGCUGAACAAGUUGGUCCCCAGCAAUUCCUUGCUCAGCAACCCGGCCCCGUGAAAUUUGGUGCCCAGCAGACUGCCCCUGAGCAAGUCACUGCUCAGCAACCCGGUGCUCGUCAGUUGGUUGACCAGCCCCUUCCCGCCUCCUCUGCCCCCGAAAAGCAGCCCCAGAAGGCUUCCAGUCUGCUUCCUUCGCCCAUGAAGCGCUAG